AAUAUUUGUCAUCACUGUUCCCUCUCACCGGGCUUGCUACCUCCUCCCUUUUUGUCCGGCUUCCGGUUUUGAUCUUCCUCUUCUUCGAAAGGCUACGGCUAGAAUGAUCUAUUCUGUUGCACUUCCUCUUGGGCUCUGCAAACUGCAUUGUGAACUCAGUAUGCAUUUACAGUACGUACUUGCAAGUACGCACUAAGGGAUGCAUACUCGUUUGAGUGCACAAGUACUGAUGCUGACUUGGUGGAGAACACAUCUCUAAAUGCAUACUUGGUUAGCUACACACCUUCAGAAGAUUACACGGUAGUUCCCUGUUCUGGAUCGAGCUGUCGGGAACCUGGUCCCUCGUCGUUCAUCUGUGGCGAUGGAUAGUGAAGCGAUGGCCAAGCCGGAGAUAUCGCUGCUGUCCCUGCCUGACGACGCGCUGCUGGCCGUGCUGGCGUUCCUGCCCACGCGGGACCUCUUCGUGUGCCGCGUGGCGUGUCGCCGCCUGCGGGACCUCUGCCUGCAUCGCCACCUGUGGCGGGCGGCUACAGUGGAGAGCAAGGGCGUGCUGCGCGCCGCGUUGGCCGUCGCGCCCUGCAUCGGGACCAUCGGUGAAGUGCCCAUAGAGGCUCUGGAACCCCUCGUUGCCACCGCCUGCACCGUCUCUGAGCUUAAAUUACUCGUGGUGGGAAAGGAGUCAGCCGCCUUGGCCUCAGCUUUGCUGUCGAGAUUCUCCACCGUCUCCAGUGGGUUGAGGUUGAAGAAGCUCAGCUUAGAAGUAAGAGGCCCUCUCACCAGGACAAGUAGACGGCUCUUAAAGCAGGUGUGUUCCUUCACCGGACUUCAGGAUCUGAGUAUAGAUCUCAAAGGAGAGCUACCGGAGAGAGAGUGGAGUAAACUCAAUGUGCAGCCGUCCUUAUCAAAGCUGAGCUACACUUCAUCUUCCAGGGAUGCCUUCCUGCAGCUCCUGCUCAGCACGCACUCGGCGACUCUGGAAAAUGUUGAUCUUCAGUUCCGCGAAUAUUUUGAACUCCCUUGGAGGUCUCUAGCCAGUUUAUCCAGGUUGCGCUCACUGCGUUGCUUCCAGGAUGAUGGUCUGUCUAAAUUGGCUGCAUUGCCUAACCUGAACUCUGUUGAGCUGGAAGCCAACGACCAGUGGUACGAUGGCUUCGAUCCAGGUGCCGUAGAGUUUCUCUCGAAGGCGCCGCACCUGCGGAUGGUGAAGCUCGGGGCCGUCUCACACGACACUGCUCCGCUGCUGGCUCUGGCAAACUCACCUUCGGCUCCACAUCUGGAGAAACUUCACAUCUACCCGUGGUUUCAAGAUUUGGACGAUGAGAGCAACGUCUUCGACACUCUGGCCUCUGUGCUACAGGAGUUCGUCUCCCUGAACUCCCUCAUAGCCGUAAUCGAUGAGCUACCGUACGACCUCCUUCAAGUCAUCAGCCCCAUCUCUUCACCCAAACUCACCGUGCUUGUGUUGGCCGAUGUUACUGGUGAAAAGUUUAAAUGCCUCCAUGAGACGCUGCACGACCCCUUCGUCCAGGACUUGCUGGUGGGAAACCCACAGCUGCAUCUCCGUCUCAAGGCGCACGAUGAAGACAUGGACCUCAAGUCUUGCAAGUCUUGCUCGUGGUGUCGCAGGAGCUGCCAUGUGCGACUUCGUCGCGAUGUUCGGGUUGCCUUGUCGUCCCACUGCAGGAGAGGCGGGUGCCCGGUUGACUGUUACCAGGCGUUCCAGCCCAGCGACCGCACUUACUCGGAGUCAAACCCUGACCUCUCAUAAUGAAAAGGAAGUGAAGAUGCCGCCCUAAUGUCAGUGUCGAUCUGUCGCUCUCUUGAAGUGAAUAAAAACGUUUUCAAACACUUUGGUUAA